CAAUUCAGACAGUAGUUUUCUUCCAAACUUUCGUGUUCAUCGUCUGCUCGUGCAACAGAAAGUAAUCAAUCUCCAUUGUGUAAACGUUAUCUAUUUCAAAAAUAAAAACACUUUAAACUUAUUCAACAUUUAUUACAAUACCCAAAUUGUUUCGUAUUUUUCAUAAAUUAAUAAAAUGGAGCCAGAUGGUCAAUUGGAACUAAUUGAAGAGGUUAAAAAAUAUCCAUAUUUAUAUGACCGAAGGGUAUUAUGUGCGCCAGGGAAGAAAGAACUGGCUUGGGAAGUAAUAGGAAUGAAAUUUUCUCAAACAGCUCGCCAAGCACAAAUGAGAUGGAGAUCGAUCAGAGACAGAUAUACUCGCUUGAGAAGAAAUGCAAAUGCUUUUCCGGGCACUCAACAGGGUAUACUAAUUAAUGAAUAUAAAUACACUGAAUUUCUUGGUUUCUUAGAUUCCUAUAUUUCAUGGAAAGACAAAAAUUUGACUCCUAAAAGGACUGCCAAAUAUAUUCCUCCAAUUACAAACUCAUGGGAUCGUGCUCACACUCUUCUUCUCAUCAAACAACUAAAAAACAACCCGUUACUUUGGGACAGCUCACAUCCAUACUACAAUUUUAGCCUUCAAAGAAUGAUAUGUUAUAAAAAAAUAUGUGAUUAUAUAAAACCAUAUAAGCCCGAAGUCACUCCGACAAUGAUUUCAAGAAAAAUUAGAACUGUUCGGACUCAAUAUGCCAAAGAGAAAAGAGAAGCAAAACAAAGAAAUCAAAAGCUAGGUGGUAUAUCUGCUCCAAAACUAUGGUGUUACCACAGACUAAGUUUCCUUGAAACAAAAGGAACAUAUGACUUAGAUACUUUAAAUAACUCAACUGAGAAGGAAAUGAAAGAUAUUACAGUUAAGUAUGAAAAAUCACUCGAAACAGGCGAAUAUUUAGAUGAAGGUGAUUAUGAAGACGACGACGAUGAUGACGAUUAUAAUGAUAAUGAAUGGACAUCUGCAAAAGAAUCUGCUACUCGACCUUUUGAAGAAGUUGAAUUAAAUCAAAUGGACCAUGAUUAUACAAGAGAUUCAACGAAUAAUUUUGAAAGUGAAAUUGAAGAUGUAUUUGGUCAAAGUGGAACAAGGAAAAAAAUUGAUACCCAAACAAAAAAUGAUCUGUAUGUUAAGUGUACAGGGCUUUUAGAUACUCUUGUGCAACAAAUGAAGCCUCUUCAUAGAGAUGGUAUUCUUCAAACAACUCCCUGUAAUUGUAAAAAUAGCCCUCCAAGUACUGUGCUGGGAAAAAUGGUUGAAACAGAAUUAUCCAAAGUAUCGGAUAGUAUUUAUGUGGAUUGCAAAUGGAAAAUACUUCAUGUACUAGAGGAAGCUCAAAGGAGAAGUUUGCGAGAGAAACAGAACCAGAACAGUUAGUCAUUUUUUAUUAAGUAUUUGUUUUUAAUAAAAUAAAAUAUAAAUUAAAAAAAUCUUUAUUACUUCAAAAUAUUUAAA